CUACAUGGUAUGCAAAGUUUUUUUUAAAAAAAAUUGUGUUUUUAAACAGUUUUUAACAGAUUUUAAAUCGACUUACUUCACAGUUGACCAUUAAAUGUUCCUUCCGAAUUCCUGCUCACUCAUUGUAUUUACCAAAUUAACCAAUCCUGGGUGCCUCAGAAUGUGUCCCACUCUUCUUCUCGUAAGAUUUUUCCUUCGUUGGUCCUGUCUAAGACCAGCUCAUUUCGUCCAUUAUCAGUCCACUUAAUUGUCAACAUUUCAAAAUCUUCUAUCCUUCUUUCUGGCUUCCCCACUGACCAUAUGCCCUCCUACUGACGUGUCAGAGAUCAAAUCAUCAUCUCUUUUGGUGUUUUGGGUUGUCACACUUUCGACUGUAGCUCCGUUAGGAAUCAUUUCCCGACCAGCGUACUGACAUUUUUUAAAAUAUCGCUUAUUUGUCGUACAUAACAUAAUGAAUCGACUUGAGUCUUAUCUCUGUCUGAAUAAUAAUGAUGAUUAUUAUAAAAUAAUGUCCUCUGUAGUAAGAUUCAGACGUCAGCGGUUGUACUGGGUCCAAUGACGUGAUGGUCAGUUACGUUUAUCUAAACCUCACAACAACUUAACCUCGCAGCCGCCAGUAGCUUCGUCUUCCAGUGUGCAGUGUGUAUUUAUUAAGUGUAAAUGAUUUAGUGUGAAGUGAAACUUUGUAUAUCGAGUGAUAAAUACGUCGGUAGAAGUGGAUAUUUUAUUUAAUCAGAGGAUAAGUGCUGAUAUAUCUCUUGGACUUAUGGAGUCCUCUCAACACUCACCAACAUCGGAGAGUGCUGGUUACCUGAAGCGUGCCAAGACUGACAAACUUCAUGAUAUUUUUAACAAGUAUGCAUCUAUCGAGCGGAAUGGCGAGAAGUACAUGACGGCGGUCGACUUCGUGCAGAAGUACCUAGGACUGUUCUCCGACGCAAAUUUUAAUUUAGAAUCCGUGAAACUCUUGGCUGGAAUUGUUGACACGAGUAAAGAUGGACUCAUCUCAUUUCCGGAGUUCCAAGCAUUUGAGGGGCUGCUGUGCGUGCCUGAUGCCCUCUAUAAGACAGCGUUCCAACUGUUCGAUACAAAUGGAAAUGGAGUGGUUAAUUUUGAUGAGUUCUCUGAGGUGAUGAAGAAGACGGUCCUGCACAAUAAAAUUCCGUUCGAUAUGAAUGGAGGCUUUGUGAAGCUGUAUUUUGGUAGAGACAAGAAACGGGCCAUCAGCUAUGCAGAAUUCAGUCAGUUUUUGCAUGACUUUCACGAGGAGUACGCGAUGGAAGCAUUCCGGCGGUCUGACCAGUCGGGUUCGGGAUUUAUUUCCGCGCUCGACUUCCAGGAUAUCAUGAUAAAUAUCAAGAGCCAUCUGCUGACGAGGGAAGUGAAAGCAAACUUGGUGGCAGCAGCGUCAGGGGGGCAGGGCGGAAAACGUGUCAGCUUCCCCUACUUUAUGGCGUUCAACUCUCUCCUGAACAACAUGGAACUCAUAAAAAGAAUCUACCUCAAUGCUACUACUGGAAAUAGGAACCAGGAAGUCACGAAAGAGGAGUUCCUUCAUUCUGCACAGAUGAUGUCUCAGAUCACACCGCUGGAAGUAGACAUUCUGUUCCUCCUCUGUGACUUACUUCACCAAACAGGGAGAAUAGUGUACAACGAUCUUCAGGCCAUUGCACCUGAGCAGUACUUCAAGCAGAUCACCAAACGACUUGCAGAGAUUAAGGCUGUUUCUAGUCCUGAAGAGCGAGGCCUUGUAAUCCAGGUCCUAGAGAAUGCAUACAGGUUUACACUUGGUUCCAUCGGUGGUGCGGUGGGUGCGACAGCAGUGUACCCCAUUGACUUGGUCAAGACGAGAAUGCAGAACCAAAGGGCGGGCUCAUUCAUUGGUGAGCUGAUGUACAGAAAUAGCUUUGACUGCUGUAAGAAGGUCAUCAGGCACGAAGGCUUCUUCGGUUUGUACAGAGGCCUUGUGCCACAGUUGAUGGGUGUAGCACCAGAAAAGGCUAUCAAACUAACAGUAAACGACUUUGUUCGAGAUAAAUUCAUGGACAAAAAUGGAAAUUUGCCGCUUUAUGGCGAAAUCAUCUCAGGAGCUUGUGCUGGUGGUUCACAAGUUAUAUUCACAAAUCCAUUGGAGAUAGUUAAGAUUCGUCUUCAAGUAGCGGGUGAAAUUGCAAGUGGAGCAAAAAUAAGUGCCCUCAGUGUUGUGAAGGAGCUUGGCCUGUUUGGAAUGUACAAGGGAGCAAAGGCGUGUUUUCUUCGUGAUAUUCCGUUCAGUGCCAUCUACUUCCCAGCGUACGCCCACACAAAAGUAAAAUUAGCAGAUGAGAAUGGCUACAACCACCCACUGUCACUUUUGUUUGCCGGAGCCAUCGCUGGCGUUCCUGCCGCAUCGCUCGUCACACCUGCCGACGUCAUCAAGACACGAUUACAGGUGGUAGCAAGAGCAGGACAGACGACAUACUCGGGAGUUAUCGAUGCUGCCGGAAAAAUAUACAGGGAGGAAGGGCUUAGAGCCUUCUGGAAGGGUGCGACAGCUCGAGUGUUCAGAUCAUCACCGCAGUUUGGGGUGACCCUACUGACAUAUGAAAUCCUCCAGAGGUUGUUCUUCAUCGACUUUGGAGGGACGCGUCCUUCUGGUUCUGAACUGAAUGUCCCAUCUACAGGUGUGGCUGAAGAGAUGAAAUCAACGAAUCCAGACCACAUCGGUGGCUAUCAAGUGGCGCUACCUAUCUUUGCUGGCAUUGAAUCGAAGUUUGGACUGUGUUUACCAAAGUUCCAGGUAGCAUCAUCGUAAAAGUAAGAAAGAAACAACAACGCGCGAGCCGGAACUCAGAUACGCUCCGUCUAGCAUACAUUGGUCUAUGGAAGGUGACAAACCAGUAAGCUGAUAGAAAGCCGUGGGUUUUUUUCCCUGGUAAAUUACCGACAAUGAAUUUUUAAUCGAGGCGAAGUACUAAGAAUUCAUUGAUUUAAACCAAUGAUCAUGAUUAAAUACCCAACUAUUACAUUUAUUAAAUGAGUAAUUUUUUGAGAUUAAAAAAAUGCUGUCUUGAAGGGAGUUUCAUUUAAUUCUUAAACAGGAAAAUGCAUGUUGUGCAAGUAUAUAUAGAGUGAAUAUAGAUUAUUUUUGUAAGGGGGUGCGUCGUGUUGUGCGUUGGAUUGUUCGGUUGACGUUCUGUCUACACAACAAUUUUAUUUUUCUUCGUGUGGAUGGACUGUCAGCCUAACAAAAGAGAUUAUAUCGAAGCAGAUGUUUACAAAAUCAUAACAGGUGGGCAGUGUCUACUUCUGUGCCUCUCACACUACUGGAAGGAGUUCAGGGCACUGAUCUGGAUCUCUCAGCUGAUGGCAAACAAAUAAUGAUUUCAGUAUGUUAAACAUAACAGAGGACAAAUGAUUGUGGACCUCGUACUGGAUUGGUGGUAUUUGUAUUUAUUACUUCUAAUGCCCAGUUGUCAGCGGACAUUCAUCUCCUCCUGUAGUGUCCGAAGAAAAGUAACAUUUCCACUCGUGUUAGAGUUAUAAAGGAUGGAAUUUUUUCCACACAAAUUGUUGUAUCUGAAACUGAAGAGGUUAAUUGUGACCCACUGUCUCAGAUAGAGAAUCAGCUUUAUUCUUCACAAAACCAGACAAGGAAUUUUUCGUCUGGGAUUUGGAGUAAUGCGAUCAAUGGAGUGCACCUUCAGAUGUUCUGCGUAGACACGGAUCCAGUUCAUGAGUAGUAUUAAAUCCUUUAUUUUUGUAUGUACUGGUAUGGCACUAUGGGCUGGCAUAACUCAGAAUGCAGCUUAUCAUGGUAGUUCAUUUAUUUAAAAGUUAACAGUACCUGAACCUUGUUGUGAUGGUGGGGCUUGAGUACCUCAGUGAUCCCAAGAGCUAUGCUGGCGGUAGCGUAGCUACUGAUAGGGCCUCCGUAGCCAGAUUGGUCGAGGGGGAGAGGUCAGACUAAGACAGGUACCCAGGUUCUCCAGGUUGGGGGUUGGUCGCAAGGCUAACAACCUUGCACCGUAAAAAGGAAGAUGUUUCGAAACCUCGAUCAAAGCCUCGGACAGACGGACCUAACAGAGGACCGAACGGAAGAGGAGAAUUGAGGAGGCCAUGGACCGAAUAUGGACCGGAGAGCUACAGAAGAAGAAAUAAUAAUAUAUUCAAGUUGCAUAGAAGACAGUGGGUACAAUGAGCAGAGAAAGAAACUGUAAUUAAAAGUUUAAAAAUAUAAGUGAAAUAGAGAACAGGGUAUCUUUGUUAUCAUCUGUAUUUAAUUUUUUUUGUUUUACCUUAUAAUUUACAAUAUCAUCUAUUCAAAUAAUUUCAUGUACCAUAAAUUAUUUCCCUUGUUACUUUUUGUAAGUUCGUGUAAAAUGUUUUUCACUUUGGUGAAUUUCAAUGUAACGUAGUUUUUAUUGUCCCUUUAACCAUAUAUUUUUGUGAAGUAUUCAUGCAAAAAUCUGAAUUACAAAAGUAAUUACUCGCCGCUGUCAGCUGAAUUUUCGGUUGUGGUGAUCCGGUGUUAUAACUUAUUAGACAGUACAAUGAUUUGUCGCAAAGAAGUGUCUGUUUAGAAGGAAAGACAACUUGUAGAAUAUUAUAUUCAGUUUUAUUGAAUGCUCUGUAUGUGAGAGGCAUGAACCAAAGAGAGAAUGUUGUAUGCAUUUCCCUACACUGUUCAAAGGAUAUUUAUUUGUUUUAAGAGCCUUUUGAGGAACUGGGGGCGGGGUGGGGGGUUAAAAGUGAUUAGUUAUUGUUUCAUUUGUGUGGUGCUGAAGUUUAAAAACAUAAAAUAUGAUGAAUGAUGAUUCAUGAGAUCUUGGUGCUAGAAACUUGUAUAAAUAUAUUCUACUAUAUUUAUUACAAUAUUUGAUAUUGGAUUAAUUUCAGGAAUUUAUUUUGGAAUAGCAAACUGGGAUAAACUGCCAUAUCAGUGUGUUACGUCUGUGAAUAUUGGGAAUCGUAACUGGGUUGGUAUUUUUCAGGUCAAUUGCAUCAUGUUCAGAAGCUCUGAUAUGUUCAUUAUUCAUGAAAAUUCAAAUUCAAAAUUAGUGUGAAUUUGAGAGGUGAGAUGUUGACCUCUGAUUUCUGAUGUAACCUUAAACAAGAUGAUUACAUAAACUUAAUCCAUUAGUUGAUAUGCCAUGUACAUUAAUUCAUUUUAUAAUUUAAUGUUUUACUUUUGAAACGUGUUCCUUCACUAUCAUCCUCUCAUCCGAUGCCAUAUAGUCUGAGCUACUAUUAAAGCGUCGUUAAAUAAACUAUAAAUAAAUUAAAUAAACUAUAAAUAAAUAAAUUUACAGGAAUGAGUCACUUCAUGAGUUAUUUCUUUGCCCAUAUUUGUUAUCGUCAUCUUUUCAUUAUCUCUCUGACCACUGUUCCGUUACACACUGACAUAUUGAAAUUAGUUUAGUUUCUGGAAGGGCAAUUAUCUGAGCUUAUUUGUUGAUUGUUCAGUGUUUGUCUAGGGGACACCACGUGUUCGCUGGCCACUGCACUACUUUCUUGACCAAAUCUAAAAAUGAUUCUCUGAGAUCUCACUGGAGUAGGAAUUGGAAAAGAAAUUAAUUUAGCAUGGUGUUGCCCACAUCAUGACUUAUAAUCAUUAGUCCUGGGAAUAAGAUGACAGAUCAGUUGGUUCGAGACGUCUGUUGCCUUGUGAAUGUUAAAGUGCUUGAUAUUCAUUGACGUAGUUCACCUCUUUUGUGCCUGUGAACAAAUAAUUAAUUUUGAAAUUCCAUUUAAAUGCUCAGUUUGGAUGCUGUGACUGUCACGUGUAUGCGUGUGUGAAUGGUUGUAAAUUUAAACCAAAUUUCAUGUUUUUAGAUUUCAUAUAGCUGAACCCAAAAAGUGGUUUUGAUUUUUUUAACAACUUCUACAUUUGGAUUGUUCUCGACACAUGAAAUGAUCCAAGCGUCUUGGGUCUGUUUCUUAAUGUUCAGACGCAGAGAAAUUUUUGUUCUCCAUUCGGACUCAGAUGAGCGGAUGGUCUGUGGUAACAUAUCUAGCCGUUGAUGUGAUGAGUUACUGAAGCCCGAUGUUUGGAAUUGCUCCAAUACAAAUACACUUGAAUCUUGAAAUGGAAAUUUUGAAGUAUUUGUUUUAUAUUUGUACUAACCUCCAUUAUUUUGUAUGUUGUUCCAUUACAUAUGCAAAAAUGCUGGUGGAUUUCUGUGCAUUCUUUAUUUACCUCAGUUACCCUUUUCUUGUAGGAUUUCGCUGAGUAAUUUAUGGAUGUUAAAAGACCUUCUUCAGACUACAAAUUUUUUAAUAAAAUGUGCUGAACUAUAUAUAUUAAGAUACAUUUAUUUUGUAUCAUAGGCUAUGAUUUUUUACAGAGACUACGAGUAUACCUUACCUGACGACAUACAUUUUAAAGAGUUUGUUUUUGUCGUAAUCAGUUUUUACACAAGUAUGUAAAUAAAGCCUUCAUAUUUUGAUGUAGGCUAAUAUUUCUUACUGUUUCUAUGCAUUUCAUAUAUAUUGUACCUUCUUGGUACAGUUUUAAUAUUUUUUAUCGUUUAAUAUUACACAGCUUUGAAUAAAGUCAGGCGUCCUAAAAUUCCAUUUCAAGCUUCAUAUGAGAAUUUGAGAAAUUUUUGACACUGGUGUAGUUUUGAAUUCUUUUAGAAUUUGCUUUUAAUGCAGUAGCUAUAUUUAUGUAAUUUGUUCAUAUGGUUCAAAAUUAUGUAAUGAGUAGUUAAAAAACUAAUAUUAGCAAGAAUUUAACAUUGAAUUUGAAGACAUACAAGGGAACAUUUUGAUUGUACAAAUAACAUGACACGUCAGAUUCCAUCUUGAGGGUCUGUUAAUGUUGUAUUAGCUACGAGCAAUUUGUUGAACCCUUUCACAGAUGGUACAAGACUGACGUGUUAUUUGUGCACAUGUCACCACUCUUAUCACGUGUUAAAUUAUUAAUAAAUUGUUAAUUUGUUAUUUUUAAACCAUA